AUGGAGGCCACCGAAGACUUUGCUGAUCAAGGUCCUCUCUUCUGCGCCGGUCGGGUAGCGUAUGAAGGCUUGCAAUCUCGGAGUGUGACAUCGCAAGGUGAAGAGGCGACCUUGGUCUUCCAUAAUCAGAGACUGAAAAAUAGAUGGGAGGGGUUAGACUUACGAUUCUGCGUGCAGCUCCUAUGA